AUGAAUAAUAAAGAAGAACGUUACUUCUCUAUUGCUGAUACUAUAGAAACAAUAGUUAAUGCAGAAUCAGUCCUUUUUAACGAAGAACAAUACCCACCUGAUGAUGAUCAAGUAAUCCUUUAUAAAGAGAAUGAAUUAGCGUCCUUAUUCUCUAGAAAGAAAUUUACUUCAUGGGAGGCAUGUGAAACCUUUAUUAACAAAUGGGCUAAAGUACAAGGUUUUCAUAUAGUUAAAGAUCAGGUUGUUCGAGAGAAUGGAGUAUUACGUCGUCGAACUUUUAUUUGUAAUCAUAGUAGAACAUAUAACUUUUCAUCAAAUAAAGAUACCAAUACAAACAAAAUGCAAUGCCCUUUUUAUUAA